UUCUACCUACAUAGAAAUCCGAAAUCUCGCCACGUCCCUCCCUUCUUCGGCCGCCAAUUUUAGGCGCGCCUCGAUCGCCUAUCCACCAUGUUGCGACUCUUGCGAUCGCGACCGAAUCCUUUUACUCUCGCUUCUCGAGUCCAUGGAUCUACCGGUCCUACGCCUCAAGUUAUGCGAGUGCAGAGGGUGAGGAUUCGGCGAAAAUGGUUCAAGCCAAAGAGUUUCAUGCUCGCCGGUUUUAUCUACUACGUCUGUUACCAAGUCUAUGAUUCGGCUAUCUUCAUGACCCUUUCCGCCUGGCUAGACGAGCAAGAGAAACAUUUAACUAGAAAAGAACGGGAAGAGAUAGAAGAAGAUAUGCUCGAGCCUAUGUUUUUCCCGAUCCCCUUCACCACGAGGGUUAUUGAGUCACCACCGUACAAGGGUUCCGAUCCAGAGUGGCAGACAUUUAUCAGAAUUAACAAAGAUCAAAAACUGGUAAGGAGUAUACAAGAUGGUCUCGCUGAGAUUGUUCGCAAAACCGCAAUGCGGAGCACGGUGCUUGUUCAGAGAUGUGGUAAUGAUAUGUCGCUAAGUAGAUAUUGGCUUCAUAUUAUAUAUCCCACUAGACCACCGCCAACCUUCGUCCAUAAAGGGAUAUCGAUAGGUGACGAAGUUGCUAUUACGGAGGAACCUAUCGACACUACAACAGCUAUCUGGAUACAGCGUGCUCUCUGGCCCUACGCAGUCUCCGUAUCAUUAUGGAGCUUUUCGGGGGCGCUAGUGAAGCAGAACAUUUUGCACGUUGCCAGGCUAUUCGGAUACGACCCUGAUCCCGAUUCAACUCCUCCUUCACUGCAGCAAACUAUAGAAGAGGUCCAACAGAGGCUAAAGAAACCCGCCUCCGAACCUAAUACGAAGGCAUCUGACCCCUCCUCUUCCGCAAAAGCCCAAGAAGCCGGUGGUCCAUCAAGUGACUCUACAUCCCCCGGGUCAUCCCCACCUCCUGAAUCAACCGCCUCUCCCGGCUCCGGGGUGAGUCGCCCUAUGCCGAUCAUUUCCGGCGUCGAAUCCAAUAAGCCAAAGAGCGUCAAGGAUAUAUAUGGCAUAGAACAUACUCAAGAUCACGUGAAAGGACCUUGGAUGGAGUUCAAGAAGAAGUUCGGUCAAUCUUGGCGACCUAUUCAGGGUCUCCCUCCGCGAGGUUCCAUCUACGUAAACGGGCUUAUUGAGAUCACCACGCCGCGCGCUUUCAUCACAAUCGAUGCCACGGCGUUCUGGGAUCCCAAGACGGAGACUUUCGACACUAGAACGACGAACUUUCGCCUUAGGACUAUCCGCAUGAGGACACAAUCUCCUAAGUAUUAGAUGAAUGUCUUCACGUCGUCGACAGGUCAGACUAGGGUUAAGAGGAUACCACUGAUGGCAUUAAUGGAUUAGGCCGGCGUUCAGGAGGGAAAUGGGUAUAGGGUUGAAAAUGUAUAUCCACCCGGUUGGUAGAAGCUAGGGAGAUGCAUUAGUGCAUGCAUAAUAGGGGCGUUUUCGGCUUGUUAGGUUUAAUUUGACUUUCGCUUGCACAUAAGGGGACUAGAGAGCGAGCGAGUUUUGAAAUAGGAGGUUCGACGACUACUAGAUAUCAUAGAAAUGGAACCAGAGGGGUUCUUCCCGCUGGAUAGCGAAGGGUUCAGCGAAUUUUACACAAUUUGCUUUCCUGAGAGCUAGAAGGCUUCUGUGGUCGUUGCUCUUAGCCUCGUGACCAAUUGCCUACCUAAACUAAGCUCAUUAGGACUCUCCGAUGUCAUCGGUAAACCACCCAUUGUAUUUCUCAGCUAUUUUUUAUGUCCAUUUUUCAGUACCUAGCUAAGUAUUCACG